CGUGACCUCUGACGUACAGUGAGGCAGUCACAACAGUCAUUGUGCGCACUUGUGAAAUCUGGUAAAGAUUGAAAUAAAAGUGAAAGUAAGGACGAAAGUUUAUAGUUUAAUGAAUCAGGGGGAUACUUAAAACAUUUCAAGUGUCGGCUACAAUUUGUGAUCCGCUACUUGACUGCGGUGACAGAAUGUACCCAUCUUCCUGUGACACCUUUGUGGCUCUGCCCCCUGCCACCCAGGGACAGCGCAUCGUCUUCGGAAAGAACUCCGACAGGCCCUGUGAUGAGGUCCAGGAGGUGGUCUACUUCCCUGCAAGAGACUACAAUGCAGGAGAAAAAGUUGAAUGCACGUACAUCGAAAUUGAGCAGGCAGCCCAUACCAAUGCGGUUGUGCUGAGCAGACCAGCCUGGUUGUGGGGGGCUGAGAUGGGGGCUAACGAGCAUCAGGUGUGCAUCGGAAAUGAGGCAGUUUGGGGCAGAGAGAGUGCUGAGGAUGAGGAGGCCCUUCUUGGCAUGGAUUUUGUCAGACUUGGUCUGGAGAGAGCAGAGACUGCUCAGAAGGCUGUGGAUGUUAUUGCUGAGCUGCUGGAGAAAUAUGGCCAGGGAGGAAACUGCAUGGAGGACCAGUCUGGCUUUACCUACCACAACAGCUUCCUCAUCUCCGACAGGACUGAGGCCUGGGUGAUGGAGACGUCUGGGAAGUACUGGGCAGCAGAGAAAGUGGGAGAUGGAUAUCGUAAUAUCUCCAAUCAGUACUCCAUAACAACCAAGAUAGACAAGGAACACCCUGGGAUGAGGGAUUAUGCCAAGAGCCAUGGCUGGUGGGACGGGAAGGCCCCGUUCAGUUUUGCUGAGACGUACUCUUUCAUGACUACAGCCAGAAUAGAGGCGUCUGGCAGCAGAUACUGCGAAGGACGGAAUCUACUAGAGCGAAGUAAAGGACACAUCACAGCUGAGACAAUGAUGGAAAUCCUGAGGGACAAGGAGAGUGGCAUCAACAUGGAGGGGAUGUUCAUGACAACAGGAAGCAUGGUGUCUGUCGUACCAACAGACUCCACCCUGCCAGGGGUGCACUACUUCACUGGAACACCUGACCCUGAGAGGUCGGUUUUCAAACCUUUCAUCUUUGUGAAAGACAUUAAACAGUUGAAGCAAACUAGCUCUCCCUGUUAUGGCCUUGAUGACCCUGUGAAGAAGAUACCCCGUUUCCAGAGCAAGCCAGAUCGCAAACAUCCACUGUUUGUCAAACACGAGGUGGUGGCUGCAAUCAUAGACAGCACCAAGGACAAAGGAAAGAAGAUCAUGCAGAAUAUGAGAGUGUUAGAAAAGGAGAAGAUGGCUGAGAUGGAGAAACUUUUAUCAAGUGGUAUUAAAGACCCGACUUCAGUUGUGCACCUGUUUUCUAACUCAAGCCAGGAAGAACUGAGCGUGUACAGUAACAUUUAGUGCGAUCUUUCAUAUUGGAAUGACAAGGGGUUGUUUCAAGAUCAAACCCCAGCAUGCAAUAAUUUCACUACAUUGUAACAGUAAAUGGUAGUUUCACAAAUUGCUGCUCAUCAGUAAAAAGUAUUAAUACAUCUGUCAUUUUCUUUAAAAUCCUUGUUUUAUAUUUUAAAACUAUUAUAUUCAACCAAACAGUAAUACUAGAGCAGUUGAGGAGAGAGCUGCCUUUAGUUUGACCUUUGAGCUGUUUACUGAGUGAUUGACAUAGGCUUUGAAGUAAAAGAACAGGACAAAAUCACGUUAUUACACCACUGCCGGCAGGCAUCUGGAAACCCCCUGAAAAGGCCUAAAGAUAGAGCCACACCUUACCACAACAUGUAUCCACCACUUCUGUUUUAAACCAGUAUAAAAGGAAUUGCGUAAACCA